GCAUUUAUAUCACUGUACCUUGUGUUAUAGUAUCCAAGCAUAAAGCAUUAUAAAAAAGAUAAAUUGGGUUCGGGAGUCCGUUUGGAAUAAACUUGCAGCAAAUUACAUGUGCAAAUUUAAAUGGAUGCAUAUUUAUGCAACAGUGCUCUUUACUUUUAUCACUCACUCACACACACACACAAAUGAUAUACUCCUCAAAAUGCAUCAACACCAUGGAAAGAACAUAAUCAAACAGUUAUACCAAUUUAGAUAAAUAAAUGCUUUAACAGCGUUCAAAUGAUUAAUUUCUAGCAAUGUCCACGCAGGAAACAGCAACAUCGCCACUUAUAGGGGUGAAAUAGUUUUUCGUUAGGAAUUUAAUACGGCUUCAAAAUUCACGUUUGAGGUGUGACUGUGUGCCAUUGAUGUUGUAGAACAUAACGUCCAGGUAUCGUCAAAUAAUGUUAACACAGACCUUAUUUUUCUUAUAAGUUCAACGCCUCCAUUUUAAAAAACCCUUAGGAAAAUCCCGAGUGAACCCAUGGCGAAUACUCUUCCGGUUAGUGCAAGCCCAUCCCCUGACUAUUUUGGUGUUAAAGGCUGCGUCCGAAAGCAGGAAAAUGGUAGGAUGAAAAUAAGGUGCCUUUCAAACUGUUCUGAGACCUGUUUCCUAUAAGAUUAAUUUGACAAAAAAAUGCUGUUGAUCAAGUCAUUAACUGAUUAGCCAACAAGUCAGCUGUCUUAGCUUUCCUAUGCAGCCAAUAUCUGACACAGAGACUGUUGUAUCGGUCAGGCGAAGAGCUAUCACAGAUUGCUACAAGUGUAUCAAAUAUAAAUAUGCGUCAAUCUAUGAGCUGCGAACACUAUCUUUUAACAGCAAAUAGCUGUGGACACAGACACUCAGAAUGCAGAGGUGGAUGCAGACCUCCCUCAACCCUUCUGUGGGAAAUGACGAGGCAGGCAGACACUCAUCUCAAUGUUCACACUGUGUGACCGCGUGAAAUGACCCUUUCACACGGGGUGCGAGCAUUUCCUCCUAAGGAUUCAUAUCCCAAGGUUACCUGCCAGAUCCAGCUCCUUUCCUGCUUGGUGUCGGACUCCACUGCUACGUGUCGCUGAGAGAUGACGACAAACUUCAGCCAGUGCUAGCCAGACAUCCCUUUGGUUUUUUGACUUAAGAGGAUGAACUGAUGCCAACUCCAACUGUAAUACAUCAUGAUGGCGCCACGGAUGACCGCCUCGGUGUGGAGCACUCCUAUUGUUUUGUUGUUUUUGUUUGUUUGUCCUGUGUUUAGUAAUCUUUUUCCAGUCGGUUUUACCAGAGAUGAACUGCUGAACAUUCGACAGCUUAUACCAGACAGUCGUUUCCCAGUUUUUGAAUAUUCAGACGUUUUGCUAGACAUUUUAGUUGGAGGCGCGGCUUUGUUGUUCAGGAGACGCAGGCGAGGAAGAUGAGCCGGUGCGCUGGUCAGACUCUGUCGGCGGGGCUUUCGAACAAUGCUGCCAAGCAUUCAUCUUGCGAAUCUCCGCUCUCUUCCUAACAAAACGGACGAACUACAUCUCCUCACCCACACAAACAAGGACUUUUCAACCUCUGCUACCUUGUGCUUCACAGAAACCUGGCUGAGUGAAGUCAUUCCGGACAGCGCGUUACACCUGCCAGGCUUCCAGCUGUUCAGAGCAGAUCGCAUCGCGGAGUUAACGGGGAAAACGAGAGGCGGUGGAACAUGCUUUUACAUCAAUGAAAGUUGGUGUACAGAUGUAACAAUGUUAAAGAGGAUGUGCUGUCCUAAUUUGGAAGUGCUCUUUAUUAACUGUAAGCCUUUCUGCUUGCCGCGGGAAUUUUCCUCGUUUAUUCUGGUGAGUGUGUAUAUCGCGCCAAACGUGUGUUUGAAUGCAGCGCUGCAACAGCUGGCUGAUCAAAUCACAGACACGGAACAACAAUACCCGGACACGGUUAUUAUUAUUCUUGGGGAAGCAAAUCUCACACGUGAACUGCCCAAAUACAAACAGCACAUUACAUGCCCCACCAGAGACAGGAACAUUCUGGAUCGUUGCUACACAGCAAUAAAGGAUGCAUAUUGCUCUGUCCCUAGAGCAGCUUUGGGACUCUCUGAUCACUGUCUGGUUCAUCUUCUUCCAACCUACAGGCAGAAAUUAAAAUCAGCUAAGCCAGUAGUAAGGACUGUAAAGAGAUGGACCACUGAAGCAGAGCGGGAACUACAAGCCUGCUUCGAUUGCAUGGUUUGGAGUGUUUUUGAGGCUGCAGCCACAGACUUGGACGAGCUCACAGAUACCGUUACAUCAUAUAUCAGUUUCUGUGAGGAUAUGUGCAUUGCUACUAGGACUUAUUUAAAGUUCAACAACCACAAACCAUGGUUUACAGCAGAGCUCAGGCAGCUUCGUCAGGCCAAGGAGGAUGCUUACAGGGGUGGGGAUAAAGUCUUGUACAGUCAGGCCAGGAACACACUGGACAAGGAAAUCAGAGUGGCUAAAAGAAGAUAUUCUGAGAAGCUGAAAAACAAGUUUUCAGCUAACUACCCUGCAUCAGAGUGGAGUGGCAUGAAGCAAAUCACAAAUUAAAGGACUCCUACCCCCAACCCUGUGGUGGACCAACAACUGGCUGAUGACCUGAAUGUGUCCUACUGCAGAUUUGAAAGGCCCAAUCUCACACCCCACACCCACUCUGACCUUCACUUCACACAAACACCAACACCUCCUGCAACCCCCAUCCUCCCCCUCCUGCUACUCAACCUGCACUUAAGAUCUGUGAGGAUGAUGUGAGCCACAUCUUUUGGAAACAAAAGACGAGGAAAGCUUCAGGCUCAGAUGGCGUCUCACGUAAUAUGUCUUUGAUCCUGUGCUAACCAGCUGGCCCCCAUCUUCACAAAGAUCUUCAAUAGAUCACUGGAGCAGUGUGAAGUCCCAUGCUGCUUCAAACGCUCAGUCAUUACUCUUGUCCCAAAGAAACCAAAAAUCACAGGACUUAAUGACUACAGACCUGUCGUCCUGACGUCUGUGGUCAUUAAAUCAUUUGAGAGACAGGUGUUGGCCCACCUGAAGAACAUCACUGGACCCUUUCUAGAUCCCCUUCAAUUUGCUUAUCGAGCAAACAGGUCUCUGGAUGAUGCAGUCAACAUGGGAUUGAAUCAUAUCCUGCAACAUCUGGACAGACCAGGGACAUAUGCAAGGAUCCUUUUGUGGACUUCAGUUCGGCUUUCAACACCAUCAUCCCAGCUAUACUCCAGAAUAAAUUACACCAACUCUCUGUUCCCAUGUCUAUCUGUCAGUGGAUUACCAGCUUUCUGACGGACAGGCAGCAGCUUGUGAGACAGAGGAAACUCACUUCCAGCACCUGUACCAUCAGCACUGGUGCCCCCCAGGGAUGUGUGCUCUCCCCGCUACUCUUCUCCCUCUACACCAAUGACUGCAUCACCAAGGAUCCCUCUGUCAAGCUCCUGAAGUUUGCAGACGACACCACUGUCAUCGGCCUCAUCUGAGAUGACGAUGAGUCUGCAUACAGAAGGGAGGUUGAACAGCUGGAUGUCUGGUGCAGUCAAAACAACCUUGAGCUGUACACGCUCAAAAUGGUGGAGAUGAUUGUGGACUUUAGGAGGAACACCCAACACUGACCCCCCUCACCAUUCUAAACAGCACUGUGGCAGUAGUGGAGUCAUUCAGGUUCCUGGGCACUAACAUCUCACAGGACCUGAAGUGGGAGACACACAUUGACGCCACAGUCGCUGCUGAUACAGUUCUACUCAGCAGUCAUUGAGUCUGUCCUCUGCACUUCAGUAACUGUCUGGUUUGGUUCAGCUAUGAAAUCAGACAUCAGAAGACUACAAAGGACAAUUCGGACUGUUGAGAGUAUUAUUGGUUGCCCCCUACACCCCCCCCCCCCUUCAAGAACUAUACACUUCCAGAGUGAGGAAAAAGGCUGGAAAAAUCACUCUGGACCCCACUCAUCCUGCCCACUACCUUUUUGAACUGUUGCCUUCUGGCCGACGCUUCAGAGCUCUGAGCACCAAAACUGUCAGGCACAGGAACAGUUUUUUUCCCAGGCUAUCCAUCUCAUCAACAGUUAAAUUGCCCCAUUGAGCAAUAACUAUGUGCAAUACACAGUUUGGUCUUUUUUUUUUAAAUAAUUAUCCAACACAUCCAACCUCUUCUGCCAUUUCAUUCCUUUGGGGGAAAAAAAAAACAAAAAACAUUUGCACUGUACAUAACAGAUUUGUAUUUGCUCUGUACAUAACAGAUAACAGAUUUGUAUUAGAUUGCACUAUGUGUGUGUGUGUGUGUGUGUGUCUGUGUGUGUAUGUACGUAUGUGUUUGACCAUUUUUUAUUUUUUAUUAUCUAUGUCUUGCUGCUGUUUUUGUAUUGUUGUACACUGGAAGUUCCUGUCACCAAGACAAAUUCAUUUUAUUUUGGCAAUAAAGCUGAUUCUGAUUCUGAUACUUCAUAUGCCACUGCCUGAACCUUGGACUUAUGAUGGACCCCACCGAACCUCACCGAAAUGCCCUGCAGGUUGAACUGCAAUGCACCUCAUCAUUUAUCUCUGCCUGCAUCACCUUUGUCUAUUGAUGGACUACACUUCUGAAAUGGAAUACAUAGACUAUCAUUUAAUUGCUAACAAAUGCCAUCAUCAGCCAACUAACAAAGGGCAAUGCAUCUAUGUGAUGCUAUCUUUUUCUUUUUAAAACACUGGACCUUAACUUUUACUUAAUUUACAGAUUUAAAGCCAUGACUUGCACUGCACACAAAUAACUAAUAUUAGCAUUAUAUUCAUAUUGUUUAGCCAGAGGGGAACUGGCCCCCACAGUGAGUCUGAUUUCUCCCAAGGUUAUUUUUCUCCAUUAACUAACAUAUUAUGGAGUUUUGAGUUCCUUGCCACAGUUGCCUUUAGCUUGCUCACAGGGGUUCUAAAUACAAUUAUUAUUUAUUUAAUUUCUAUACACAUUUUACAAUCAUAUUUAAUCAAACUACACAAUCAUAACUGUAAGACAUUAUAGGUAUUACAGUUUCAUUUUGUUGUUUUUAUUAAUGCAUGAUUUCCUGUAAAGCUGCUUUGAAACAAUGUGUGUUGUGAAAAGCGCUAUACACAUAAAAAUGACUUGACGUUGUUCUGUGUACAGACCACCAGGCCCUUACCACAACUCUUGCAUCCAAAGGCACAGGAAGAGCUGGCAUGCAGAUUGCUAGGUGGUCAGCUCAUCUGUUGUGCUACUCAAAUGAGGUCAAAUACCGCCCUGGGAAACACAAUACAACUGCAGACUGCCUUUCCCAAAUCCCUUUACCAGAGACGGGUGACCAAAAAUAUGAACAAGAAAUGGUUGCCACUGUUUCUAACUUACCUUGUCUGCCUCUGAGUUCACUGCUUCAUCAGAGAGCUGCCCUCAGUUAGCACAACUUUGUGCACAGAUAGAGAAGGGUUGGCCUAAGACCAAAAAGGAGGUGCAACAAUAACUAGAACCUUACUUUCACAUGUGGGAUCAUUAAUUAUGCGUGGUGACCACUGUCUAGUUGUUCCACUGUUACUGCAUACAAUACUUGUCAAUUUAGCUCCAAGGGAUUGUACUUACCAAGCAAAGGCUUUGUGAACUCUACUGGUGGUCACAGAUGGGCAGAAGUGUAGAGAAUCUAAAUGCCUCACGUUUGACAUGUCAGUUGAACGAUAAAAUGACCAAGCCCACUCCUGCACAUCUCAUACCUGUGGAAUUACCUAGUGGUCCAUGGGGAAAAAAUUGCCAUCAAUAUUGUAGGACCAUUUGAGUCUGCCACAUGGUAAUGUCGCUAUGACAUAAUGCUGCUAGACUACUAAAGCAAGUGAAUGAAUGUUACAUUUAUAUAGCACUUUUCUGACACUACACUCAAAGUGCUUUACACAGUGAACAGGGGACACUCCUUAACCACCACUAGUGUGCAGCAUCCAUGCAACAGCAGUUAUAGUGUGCCAGUACACUCACCAUUUAUUGGUGGAGAGGAGAGAGUAGAUUUAUAGAGCUAAUUAGUGGAUGGGGAUUAUUAGGAGGAGGACAUGAUUGAGAAGGGCCAAUGGGGGGGAUUUAGCCAGGACACUGGGGUUACACCCUUACUGUUUUAUGAGACAUGCUCUAGGAUUUUUAAUACCCAGAGAGAGUGUCAAGACCUCAGUUUUUAUGUCUCAUCCAAAGGACUGUGCCUUUUUACAGUCUAGUGUCCCCAUCACUAUACUGGGGCAUUAGGACCCAUACAGAGCACAGGGUGAGCACCCCCUGCUGGCCUCCCUAAUACCUUUUCGAGCAGCAACCUUAGUUUUCCCAAGGAGGUCUCCCAUCCAGGUACUGACCAGGCUCAACCCUGCUUAGCUUCAGUGGGCAACUGGUCUUGAGCUACAAGGUGAUAUGGCAAGUGGCUGGAAGUAGCUUUUGCAUUGCAAGUGACAACAGAUGUCAUAAACUUUCUCAACGUAAUCUUCAGUAGAGAAGGCAGUCCACACAACUUGGUGUCAGACAAUGGUCCACAAUUGACUUCUACUGCUUUUGCUGACUUUCUGAAGGAGCGUGAUAUCCAACAUGUGCAUUCCAGUGUAUAAUAUCCACAAGUCAAUGGGGCAGAAUAACGAUUUAAUAGAGUAUUGAAACAGUGCAUUCAGUCUGCAAUUCAGGAAAAGAAACCCUGGAAAUUGACUGUUACAAAGUUCAAGUAUAAUUUCCAUGCAACACCACAUGCUACCACAUAGGCCACACCAAUUGAACUCCUAUGUGGCCAUAAGAUGCUUACUAAAUUGAAUGUAUUGCCUGUCAGCAAGGAGACAAAGAACUAUAUUGAGGUUAAAGACACUGUGACACACAAACAGCAAAGAGUAUGCUGAUAAAAAGAGCAGAGCAUAAGUACCAAAAUAUAAGGAAAAGGACUGGGUACACAUCAAGAAACCAGAGCUUGUAUACAAAGGCUCAACCAAGUACACAGAUCCACUGUUGGUGAGGUGGAGAUGUGGUCCAAAUACUUAACUGUUAGAUGAUGGGAAGAAAUGGAAUGUAUCACGCUUCACUGUUUUUUUUUUUUUUUUUUCUCUUUGUUGCAUUGUUUUAUUUACAGUGUUUGUGGCUGAAGUGAAAAGGUCUGAAUUUGAUUCUUGUUAAGAGGACUCAAGUGUGAACCCUCAAAGAGUAGCCUAGGUAUUUUUAUUGGCAGUAGAACAUGGGCAAAAUAUUACCAAAUAUUGGUCAAAAGGAAUCAUGUACUUGCUUUUGGUUUAUCAUAUCGCAGUUCAAAUCACAAUAUUUUUCAAAAUAAUCGCAAUGACUUUUUGUCCAAAUCAUGCAGCCCUACUCUGUCUCAUGGCCUGACUACACUCAAAAAAAAGGAUUUUUGAUGCUUGUUCAAUUUACUUAAUA